CCCAUUACAAAAAAAUCGUUAUAAGCAGACCGUUGUUUCUUCAACUCUUGUCUAAUUCGGUAGUUCAUCAUUUUUCUCUCUGUUAGCAUCCAUGGGUAAAAGCAGUUCGAAGAGUCGCAAACCGAGAUUUGAAAAAGAAAUCGUUUUUAAGUCCAAGAAAGGAGAAGUGUUCAAGAUUCCUGCUAUUUACUACAACGACAACGAUAAAACGUUGUUUGCCUUUGCAGAGAAGCGGACAUCCCAAGAGGAUUCUGACGUAGUGGCUCUGGUCAUGAGAAAAGGGAAAGUGAACCGGAAGUCGGAAGUGAAGUGGUCAAAGCCUAAAGAAAUAGUGAAGAAUUGCGACUGUGGAUAUCGUCCAAUGAACCCAUGUGUUGUGUAUGAAAAACACACACAGACACUGUUCCUAUUCUUCAUCUAUGUCAAUAAGACAGAGUUAUGGCAGAUAGAGCAUCACAAGAACAAGGCCCGUCUGCGCUACAUCUCAAAGAAGAAGAAGGACAAGAAGUGGAGUAAAUUCACUGAGGUUACCAACCUGCUGCCUGUGUUUAAAAACUGGUCUACGUUUGCUAUUGGACCAGGCCACGGCAUUCAAACUAAGAGUGGCAGAAUGAUUGUUCCAGCUUAUGCGUUCACAAAAGACAAAGAACCGACUCCACAUGCAUUCUGCUUUUAUAGUGAUGAUUGUGGUAAGACAUGGGAAUGUGAGGAAAUGCUGCCUGAAACAUCGAUGGAAUGUGAGAUGACUGAAAUUUUUGAUGGCAACAGAGAUCGCUUAAUCUACUGCAGUGCUCGCAAUCUAGGAGGCCAACGAGUCCAAGCUACGAUAGAUCAGACUGGUUUCCAUACACUCACAACUAUUUCACCCCUUGAGGAAGUACAGAAAGGUUGCCAGGGGAGUGUGAUUUCCUUCCCAGCUCAGACUGGAGAUGCAAAAACCAGUCAGGAAAAGUGGCUACUAUUUUCACACCCAACAAAGCAGAAGUCAAUUUGGGAAAGACUUGAUUUGGGAGUGUAUCUGAGCACAUCCCCAGUGACAUCAGUUGCAGAAUUUAAUGUAGAGUGGAGCAAACCCUGGGUCAUUAACAAGGGGCCCAGUGGUUACUCUGACCUGACCUACAUUGAAGAUGGCUGGUUUGCAUGUCUGAUGGAGUGUGGAGAGAAAUCUCCUACAGAUGAUAUAGCAUGUCAGGUGUUCAGCUAUGACGAGGUCCUGAAGGGCAUUGCAGGCUUCCAGACUUGAGAAAACUGUAGCAUCAUUUUUCAAUCAAAGAAUAUUUUGUGUGGUGUAAUUAGUACAAUGUAGACCUCAUGUUGAGUCCUUCAGCAGCUAUCAAACGUUCUGUUAAUAAAUCACAUAUUUCUGUAUUAAAAUUGUUUAUUGUAUUGUUCCAAUGUAAUAUUUCAAUUUUAAUUGUUGUGUUUUCAUUAGCUAUGCGCAGAAAGCAGAAGCUAAACCAUUUGUAUCCUCUGCAACAACUGUUCUAAGUUAGCAGGGCUUCAUAGCCACAUUGCCUUUAUCUGAUUCUCUUCAAUUUGGUUUGCUUUAAUGAAUAUUAACUAUUUUAAACUGAAAAUGUGGAAUUAAAAAAUGAUUUAGUUCUAUGUAAUCUGAAAGUGUUUUCAUCAUACUCGGUCAGAAUAUUGUGAAUAUGUGUUCAAGGUCAGUGUCCAUUUCUUUAUGCUCAAACUGCAUGUACUAUAUUUUUAUUUUUUGACUUAUCUUUGAAUUUAUAUGUUUUUAAGCAAACCCCUGUCAUCUUUGGGACACA